AGGGAGGUGCCGAGAGGACUGUCUGCCGCCCCGCGGGGCACCUGUGGCUGGCCGCCGGACAGCUGGCCGCCGCCGCGCGCAGGUGCGCCAGCUGGCCGGUGCCGCCGGCGGCGGCGCCACGGCGCGUGCCACGGCGGCGGCAGUGGGGCGCCGGCCGGCCAGUGGACGGGGUCGGCGGGCGGCGGACGCUCGGUGCACCGGCCACCAUGCAGAUCCGAGACGCUCAGUUCGCCUGGCCGUCUGACAUGGACGUCAAGGAGGCCAUUGUGCAGUUACAAAACAUCCAGAAUGUGAUACGGUUGAAAAAGGAGAAUGUAGACGCGCUGAACGCCAAGUUCGCCGGCUUCCAGCACCCGCCCAAUAUGUACCUGGAUGAGUACAACGAGCUGACGCACAAGCUGCACGAGUUCGAGGCGCGCCGGCAGGAGCUGCAGGAGGCGAUCGCGCGCGGCGCCAGCACCAACGGGGGCCUGGACGGCGCCGGUGCCGGCGGCGAGACCGUCGAGCGGCCGGUGCCCCACGUCUCCUCUGGAGUCAGCGUGGGCAGCUGCGGCUCGCCGGCACCCGUACCGCCGUCACCUCUGAAGGCCUUCAUCAGGGCGCACCUGCCCAACCAGCAGCGCACCAGCGUCACCGUCCGGUACGGCGUCACCGUGCGAGAGGCCCUCUCCAAGGCGAUGAGCCUGCGCAAACUCACCCCAGAGACCUGCGUGGUGUAUCAGUGCUCGAAACCCCAGAUCCGGAUACCGUGGGACGCGGACAUUACGUCUCUGGAUGUGGACGAGAUUCGUGUGGAAGUGAUCCACAUGACCCCAGUCACCACCAGUAUAUCGCACAACUUUGUGCGCAAGACGUUUUUCCCGCUGGUGUUCUGCAGCUUCUGUCGGCGGGUGCUGUUCACGGGCUUUGUGUGUCGCACGUGCGACUACAAGUUCCACUCGAACUGCUCGGAGAAGCUGCCGCCGCUCUGUCAGUCUGUGGUCAACGUCAAUGUCACCAACUACCAGCACUUGUUGGCCAACAACUCCGCCGGCAUCCUGUUGGCUCCGUCAUACCUGCGCGGAGGUCGGCAGGGCGACCCGCGCCUGCCGGGAGCGGCGCCUCUGGCGGCCCGUGAGCGCAGCACCUCAGCACCCAACGUCAGCAACCACGUGGACCCGGCGGCACUGGGCAUGGACCAGCUUCGGCGGGCCUACCCCGGUCCUGGCGCGGCGCUGGUGCCUCCCGGCUCUCAAGCACACUCGUCGCCCUCCUCCUCGCCGACCAAGCUGUCCCACUCACACUCAGCUCAUGGCUCGCCGACCUCCAUCCACCGCGGCACCCGGCCGCGCGCCCGCUCCGCAGACGAGUCCAGCAACAAGAAACUCGACAAGAGUCGCGUGCGAGAGUCGUUCGACGACUGGGAGAUCUCCUGGGAGGAGAUCCUCAUGGGCAACAAGAUCGGCUCGGGAUCGUUCGGGACGGUGUAUAAGGCGCACUGGCACGGCCCUGUGGCGGUGAAAAUACUGAACGUGAACGACCCCAGUCCGGCGCAGCUGGCGGCCUUCAACAAUGAGGUGGCCGCCCUCCGAAAGACCAGACAUGUAAACAUUCUGCUCUUUAUGGGCUGCGUGCGGCGGCCAAACCUGGCUAUCGUCACUCAGUGGUGCGAGGACUUUAGCCUAUACAAGCACAUCCACGUCUUCGAGACCAACUGGGACCUCGGACAGAAGCUGGACUUUGCGCGGCAAACCGCCUGUGGCAUCGAGUACCUCCACUCGCGUGACAUCAUUCACCGGGACCUCAAGUCGAACAACAUUUUCCUGCACAAUGACUACACGGUGAAGAUUGGCGACUUCGGACUGGCCACGGUGAAGACGCGGUGGUCGGGCAACCAGCAGGCCCAGCAGCCGACCGGGAGUAUUCUCUGGAUGGCGCCCGAGAUUAUCCGCAUGAAGCAGGAGAACCCGUACUCGUUCCAGAGCGACGUCUAUGCCUUCGGUAUCGUGCUGUACGAGCUCUUUGCCUUCCAGCUGCCGUACACGCACAUCAACAACAAGGACCAGAUUCUCUUUAUGGUGGGCAUGGGAUUCCUGAAGCCCGAUCUCUCCAACCUGACCGAGUGUCCAAAGCUGAUGAAGAAACUCAUCACAGAGUGUAUCAGCUUCAAGGCCGAUCUCCGUCCGCUCUUCAGACAGAUCGAGGACCGGAUCGACUCGAUCCUGCAGAACAUUCCCAAGAUCGCGCGCUCCCAGUCGGACUCGUACCUGCCCAUAAUGAGCCGGCAGUACGAGACCGACGAGUACUCGCUGUACCCGCCCUACGCGUGCCCGUCGCCGCGCACGCCCGGCCACGGCGGACUGGCCGCGUUCGCCUUCCACCACGCCGGCUAGUCCCGCCCGGCCGGCCCGCCCUGGCGCCCCUCUGCCCGCCGCCCCGUCCUCCGCCCUCUGCCCGAUCCCGCCCGCUCCCUUCGCCCCGGCCCGUCCCGGUCCCUCUCCCCCAUCCGCGAGCACCAAGAUGGCAGGUGCUGCUGUUCGUUUGGACAGUCAGUCUCAAACUUGCAGACGCUGACGGCAUUCGUAAGGUCAGCGGAUGGUGCUUGUGAUUUAGGUACCCCUCUCCCCAAAAGUGUGGGAUUUGCAUGUGAUUUUCUAGAGGGUGGUAUAGCCAUACCGCAUACGUCGUGUCUUUCUGUUGUCACUUGCAUUUUGAGUCAUUAAGUCUGAGCUGAAGUUGAUCAUGAUUUUAGCAAUAAGUGAUUUCGUCGUAAUGGCCUGUUUUGAUUGUCUUUAUGAUGCCCAAUCUCAAUCAAUUUGGCAAGCCAGGAGCUGAUUUGCAUAUGAUAUCUCGAUUUUAUUAUUGAACCGUCUCUAGCCAUCGUUUGGUGGUUAUCUCAUUAUCCGCCAGAAAGAUGCUGAUACAGAAGCGUUUCGAUCUCUAAAAAGGUCGUCCAAAGUAGUGGACUUUGCCUCCCAUCCUACCCCAUUCCACUUGCUUUGUUGAGUAGGUACUAGUUUACCGCUGAUAUCACAAAUCGAUUACAAACCACUUCGGCCUACAGGGUGCUCUACGAAUUCAUCCUAGUUCCAACACCCGGCUGGGACGUGUCGUAGAAAUUGUGGCUUCCCGCGGCGCGGCGCACCCCUGCCGGAGCCGUCCGCGCUCCCCAGACUCCGUCUUCCUGUCACCGCUGCUCCUGUGGGUACCGUCCAUGCGCGACCUGUUCCGGCGCUGAUCUCCCCUUCUUCCCGACAUCUCUGCCCUGCUGCCGCCGACACGUCCUGCGCCCGGCGCCCCCUCCUGCCCCCUCCCCUCCCCCGCCCAUCGGCGGCGGCGGCGCGCUCGGCCCGCCGGCCCCCUGCUCCCCCGACGUACAUGUGAUACAGCGAGCGGGCAGGCGGGUGCCAGCCGUUCAAUCUUCUCUAGUCGGCGUCACGCGGUCUCCCAACGGUUGUGUUACGAAAGCUGCACUCAUACGCGAUUCUGUUGCACGCAUUGUCAUCGUCAUUAUGUUCUGUUGAUGGUUUGAUGGCGCAGCUGCGACCUCCCGGCUUGUGCGCGUAUGUCUGUAUAUAGUACGAGCGAGACGAGGUAAGAAUAUGUGACAUCAUGACUGAAAUAAAUCCGAUAUUUGAACGAAA